AUGCAGGAUCGAAUAUGCCUCCACUUCAACGAAAAUGGAGGCGAAGACGGCUUACGAGAGCUUUAUCCUGAGAUUCUACGAGCAGACCAAGAGUUAAAGGAUCUCAUUAACAAAAUGCCAAUUUUCUUUAAGCCAAAUUAUGAUAUGACUGAAAGCCCCAAAGGGUUGAACACGCAACAAAGUGCCGUUUUGAUGCUGUCCCAUGCGCAUAAACAAUGCGUCGAUAUCUAA